CACGGAUCGUUUUGAGCGACGGACGUGUUUACUGUUUUAUGUUUGUUGCAAUGAAACUUUCAACUUUUUCAGCUUAUUUCGUUAUUUUUGUUAUUAUGACAUGACAGUUUGGGCAAUCUGCAUGAGUGUCAUUAGCCUCGAAAUGGAUAAAUACGGUGCCAAGCGAUUAUUUUAAUCUUUUACCCUGACUAGUCGAGCAAAGUCCAGCCUAGAGAUAUGUGUCAAAGUGAAUGCCGGGUACAGGAGCGACCCUGAUGGUGCUGAAAGGAUAUUAGAGGCUUUUUCAUCUUAACAAAGGGCUUUAUAAGCAGCUUAUUAUCCUGUUACUCAGCAAAGCAGCUCAUUCAUUCAGUUCCUCGACUUUCUGUGUAAACAUGAGGAUCAUCAAGAGAUCCUUUCUCUUCAUGCCCAGUCUCCUGCAAGCAUCAAGAUGUCACUCUGCUCCUUCAUCACCAGCAUGGAGGCUAUUCUCCGCAGUUGCCUCGAGUCCAAAGGUAUGCAUCGUGGGAGGAGGUCCUGCAGGCUAUUACACAGCACAACAUCUCCUCAAGGCCAGGAGUGAUAUGGUGGUGGAUAUCUACGAGCGUCUCCCUGUCCCCUUUGGCCUGGUUCGGUUUGGGGUGGCUCCCGAUCACCCUGAGGUUAAGAAUGUAAUAAACACGUUCACGCAGACGGCCCAGCACAAACGCUGCUCUUUCUUUGGCAAUGUCAGCAUAGGUACGGAUGUCAGUGUGGAGGAGCUAAAGAAAGCCUAUCACGCUGUUGUGCUUAGUUACGGGGCAGAAGGAAAUCGCUUAAUGGGAGUGCCUGGGGAAGAUCUAGCUGGUGUGUUCUCCGCCAGAGACUUUGUAGGAUGGUAUAACGGGCUCCCCAGCAAUAAAGAGCUGCAACCUGAUCUAAGCUGCGAGACUGCUGUGGUUUUGGGCCAAGGCAACGUGGCACUGGAUGUGGCCAGAAUCCUCUUGUCUCCUCUGGACUUUCUGAAGAAGACAGACAUUACCCAGCAGGCCCUGAAGUCUCUCAGGGAGAGUCGGGUUCGCAGGGUUCUGAUUGUGGGAAGGAGGGGACCACUUCAAAUUGCAUGUACAAUUAAGGAGGUUAGAGAAAUGAUUAACUUGCCUGAGACUAACGCUGACAUGCUCCCAGGUGACUUUGAAGACAUAGCUGAGGCUCUAAAAGAUCUUCCCAGGCCUAGGAAGAGACUGACUGAGCUAAUGCUGAAGACGGUGAAAGUGGACGAUGGUCAGAAGGCAAAUAAACAAUGGGGUUUCCGCUUUCUGCGCAGUCCUUUGAAAGUGCUUUCAGACCGCGAUGGGAAAAAAGUAGCAGGGAUUCGUUUAGCUGUGAACAAACUGGAGGGUUCAGGGGAGGAUGCUCGCGCUCUGCCCACAGGACAAACCCAGGAUCUAGAGUGUGGUCUGCUCAUCAGCAGUAUUGGUUAUAAGAGCCUACCAAUUGAUCCCUCUGUACCCUUUGACCCUCACACUUCUACAGUGCCAAACGACAUGGGCAGAGUGUCUCAUACAGCAGGGCUGUACUGCAGUGGCUGGGUAAAGCGUGGGCCAACUGGUGUCAUUGCAACAACUAUGAAUGACAGUUUUGAAACAGCACGAAUUCUCCUGAAAGAUGUGGAAUCAGGAGCGCUUGAGCUGUCCUCUAAUAAAGCUGGUGCUCAGGAGAUUACAAGCUUACUGCAGACUCGAGGAGUGAGACCAGUGUCAUUCUCUGAGUGGGAGAAGAUCAACUUGGAGGAGGUGCGGAGAGGAGAAGUCCUGGAAAAGCCUAGGGAGAAAGUACUGGAUGUGAAAGAGAUGCUGGACAUAGCCUGGUCCUGAUCCUGACUGAUAAAAAAUGCUUGACCGAUGAAAUCAAGUCACACUAUGUAGUGACUGGCUUAAAAAUUUACAUUUAUUUUACAUCAGAUUAAACAGUUGUUUGAAAAAUUCCUGACUGGACAUGUGCUGCUCUGAAUCAUUUGAUUUGCUCCGAGUCAGGAUGAGGAAAGGAAGAGACGAUUAGUUACGCUUUGAAUACGUGAUGUAUAUGAAACUUUUACAUUCAGGUUUAGAAUCCACUGAUGGCGGUAAACCCGACUCUACAAAAAAUUAAUCAUGUAGAAAAUAGUUAAAGAUUUAACAGUUAGCAUGGCCUCCUCCUGUGAAAGCCCAUAUCUAAAGGUCAUCUAAACAGUGAAUUGAAGAGUCACUAAACACUGUGGAUCUCCUGUUAGUGUUUUGCUUUCCCCGGAGCUGGAAUUAAUUACCCUGAAUACUAAAGUAGCAUCGUGGUUGAUGCAACCACUUUCGUUUCAGUUUCCCAUACGAUUGGGCAAUUUACAUUUAGUUAAAUGUAAUUACCAUUAAUUUUAUAAAUGAGUCCAAAUGUACUGGAUCAAAGAUAAUGGAAAGGCCAAAGUUUGGGGAAAGAAAAGAUCUGAUCAUGAUCCAAAACAUACAAGUUCAUCAGUCAAGCAGAGAGUGAAUGUAGCAUGGCUGCUUCUGGAACAUUCUCAAAAAUCUUUACUGAUGAUAAUGAGUUUUACUGAGAAAUGUAUCCAGUCUAAUCAGGAGGAACUUUAUCGUGCAGCAAGAAAAAGACCACACUACCAACACAAAACAAAAAGCACUUCACUGCUUGACUGUAGUAGCCUGCCUAAAUCGACACAGACCUUAACCCAACUGGACGGCGUUUCACCCCCUGAAGAGAAGACUGAAGAGAAAUAUAAAGAACUGAAAAUUGCUGAGCUACAAGCCUGGAAAAGCAUUGCAAAAAGAACAGUGAUGUCAGUCAUCGUCUUGAUGUUGGACCAAACAUCAUGUGAUGUCCAGUUUAAUUUCCAAUGGUUCUGCUCACUUUGAUGAUAAAAUUUCAUGAAAGGUCACAUUCCUGCUCGCCGUUGUUCUUAUUUAUUCUAAUUGCUGGAAUUUCCACUGCCUCACUACGAUGAGAAACAGGCAGGCUGGUAUUGAAUCCCCCAUGUGAAUGUGUUAUUGUCUUUGUACUGUGAAUUUGCACCCUGUAUUUAUGGGAUUUUUCCAGAGAAUAUAUAGCCAUGAUAUAA